AUGAAAGAACUAGCUCCCGAAGCCCCCAUCGCCACGCGCGUACAGGAGUGCUUGGCGACUGCAGGCAUCUCGACAAGGGAAUUGCUUGCGUGGUCCGUCGCGUUGAAUGUGGAGGCAAGUACACAUGCUGAAGAGCCACAGCAAACACAAGAAACAAAGCAGAUAUGUCCAGCAAUGGGGCACUCUCUUGCUGUCAUUCAAGAGCUCUGUUCGAGGAUACUGAAGUCUAAGGGUGUACGAGAACACGAGACGGCCACUGAAGACCAGCACAAUCAAGAAACGUCAGAUCAAGGCCCAAAACAGAAGCGAAGAAAAAAGCAAGCUACAAACCUGUCGGCAACAUGGUACGAGUGGUACACCAAAGUUCCUCGCGUGUGGACCUCCACGGAUCGCCAGAAGAAAUUGGAGUCUCGCCACGUCGUCGCCUUUAUGAAGAUUUUCUUGGGCGGCGGCUUUAGCUUGGGUGAGCAGGCAGCAGACUACAAGGACAAGUCCUAG